AUGCUUUGGCUCCUACUGCUCCCUCUUCCACUUCCAGCCCUAGGGGUUGUCGAAAAGACAUUGGGUAUCGCGCCCUACUUGGUUUCUAAAUAUGUUCCUUCCAGAUCAAAUACGUGGACCUGUUUGGACGGCUCGCAAGAAAUUCCUUGGGAUUAUGUGAACGAUGAUUCGUGUGAUUGCGCUGAUGGAAGUGAUGAGCCUGGAACUGGUGCUUGCCCAAAUCAAUCAUUCUAUUGUCAGAACGAAGGACACAUUGGCUCUUUCAUUCCUAGUUCAAGGGUGAGAGAUGGACUUUGUGAACCAAACUGCUGCGAUGGGUCAGACGAACGCCCGGGAGUCUGCAAUAAUGUUUGUCAAGAAGUAGGCCAGGCUUACAAGACGAAGGUUGAAGAGGAAACAAAGAUCCGGAAGACGGGAUCCAAAAUUCGUUCAACGUACAUUGCGUAUGCCCAUAAGGAAAAGAAACGCUUAGAAGAAGUUAUCGAGACCUCUACGGCACAAAUUACUGCUCAAGAAAAGGAAGUUGCGCGCCUCAGAGAUAUUGCUGAACGGGCUGAAUCAUUAUCUGCCGCUGCCCUAGAAAUGAAACAGCAGUCUCCUCUCUACACCUCGCUGAUCACGCAUUCAAACGCUUUGAAAUCUUUACAAAGGGAACACAGGAAACAUCUUCAACGCGAGAAGGAACUUAGCAACAUCUUGGAUGCCCUCCGUACUGGAUAUAAUCCCAACUAUCAGGACAUGGCAGUCCUCGAAGCCGUCCGCGGAUGGGAAGAAAUUGCCGGUCUCCCUCACAUCAACGACGUUGGAAAGGAUUCAGUUUCUGAUGAAGAAGCGGGUGUUGAAGAAGAUACUGUAUCUGACGUUGCACAAAGCAAGGAAGAAGUGGAUGAUGAAAUGUGGUCGGCGGAGGAGCUCGAGAACGACUUGGACGAUCUCCUCAACUCGGAUUAUAUCUCUCUCCUUUUAGAGCACGAUGAGUACGUGCAAUCUCCACCCGAAGGAUCUGUCCUUUUCGAUAUCGCUUCUUACCUUCCCGAUUCCGUUGUCCCGCAAUACGAGGAGUUCAAAGAAACUAUUCUUUCCUUGCUCGUAAGCUUUGGCAUCAUCAAAAGUGAAACUUCAAGCUCUACAGGUACGUUGUAUACUUCCCGCUCACGUCAAGUCCUCACUGACGCUGAGAAUGAGCUGAACAAAGUUAAAAAAGACAAAGAAAAUGCAGAGAAUGACCUCAAGGAAAUAUUCAAUAUCCAUGGCUACGGGCUUGAAGGUGAAUGGAAGAAACUCGACGGUACUUGUCUCAGGACAGAGAAUGGAGACUACACAUAUGAGGUUUGCCUCUUCGGUGAAGCCAAACAGAUUCCCAACAAGGGAGGAUCUACUUUCAGUCUAGGGAAAUUUGCUUCCUGGAACCCGUCGCCAGAUGUUAAGCCUGGGGAAGAAGCCUAUUAUCAGAAACAGAUAUACAAUCGUGGAACUAGAUGUUGGAAUGGACCCGAGCGGAAUGUUGUGUUGUUGCUUAGCUGCGGUACUGAAAAUACCCUCAAUUCCGUUGUCGAAUUGGAAAAAUGCGAGUACCAAUUCACAGGGACAACGCCAGCUCUGUGCCGACCUUUGGACAGCUUUGAAGGAAGGAAUGGAAAGAAAUCCAACGCUGGAAAGGAUGAAUUAUGA